UCGAUCUCGAGUCAUCAGCAAAAGAGUGUAAAAAGCAUUCGCUAUCGAAAAUGAAACACCGAUCCUUCAAUACCAUCGGAUAAACAUCCGUAUUUCGAUACUAUUGCCGUUAUCGUGAGCCUUUCCAGCUCCACGCGAUCCUCGGCGGUUUUCAAAGGAGGUGGAUCUGCUGAGGGCAGAAUCCGCGUAGAGAACAAGCCGACGUGGCUCGGAGAGUGUGGGCGGAGAAGAGGGCAUAAGAAUUAUGCUGUCAGACCCUUGGCGCGAUAUAAACGUGGGCCGCUAUUGAUUUUAAGUAGUCGCUUAAAUAGCGUCGUUCGGCCGUGCCACCGCGGCGUCUCGUCGGAUGCAUCGCGUCCAAAGACACGUUAUCGACUCUUUCUCUUUCUCCCUUAUCCUCCCUUAAUGCUCGCGGAUCCAGCCUUCAACAGUCGAUGUCACACUUUUUGCAUUUUCACAUUCUCCGUAUUUAAUUUCUUCCCGGCUUAUCUUUGUUAUUUAUCGGCUCAGUUUUAUUGCAGGAAAUUAUUUACAAUCAAUCCUUUAUUAUUUUAUAGAAAAUACAUGUGACCAGAUUGUAUUUGUUCUUCGAAUUUCGCUGUAAAGCUUGAAAAAUGAGGAAAGUAAGACUUAUUUUCAUACCAUCUAGAAGGGAUGAUGAAAUUUUUAAUUUAACUUUAUCAAAAUCUAACAUAUUUAAAUAGUUGUGUUCAGUUUAUAUAAAUUUUGAAAACCUUGAACUAGAACGUAUAAAGCUUUAAACUUUAAUUUUAAGAUAAUUGACUUUAAAGAUUUUUCCCGCCAAUGUUGAUUAAUUAAUUAAUGUAUUGUACAUAUCAAAAGGAAUUUGAUUACAAUUUUGAUUUUUUAUCAAUUUUAUUUUUAUUAAUAUUAUAAUUAUAUUUAAUACGUAUGCCGGCUUCAUGAAUGUGUUUCUUCAAGUCCAACAAAUAUACGGCACGCAUAAGCCGAAUAAGCCAGAGAAAAAAUUAAAAAUUUAUUAUUCAGCACUAAUUGUCAGAACCGCUGUGACAUAGCCCCGCUAACCCUAUGUUUGAAAUUUUUUUCGUCAAUCGAUCAACUUUCAGAACACCUAUAUUUUUGCAUACCUAUAUCCGGCUAUGUUGCGGUCGGCGAUUCAAACCGUUUAUAUCAAUUUUACCGCUAUUUUGAAAACAAACAAAACAACACGGUCAAUCCUAUUUAUUUUCAUAAAGCACACUAAAUGAAACGACGAAAGAAAGCGCAGUUCUACGACCCUUUUCCGGACCAAUUCUGUAAGAUUUAUUUUCUCGUCACUUUGAAUCGCGUCCCUCCCUCUUUUUUUUCCUCAAAAGAGAAAGAGAGAAGAACACGUACCGUCGCAAUUUCGCCGACGACGGACGGGCAGAUAUCGAUUCGGACGGCCAAUUAGGUCUAAGAGGUCCUUCAGGGAGAAUUUGUACACGACAUACUACGAAUCAGUCCUUCAUCUCGUCCACCACCGCUAACGUGUCAUUCUUCUCACCGCGUAGCCAAAUCCAGCCGACCCUCCUUACCACCGUCUCUCUCUCUCUCUCUCUUUCCCUCUUCAUCUCUCUCUAGCCUUCGGCCGGAUCCUAUCUUUCUACGGUCGUGGCUCUCUCAUUUUCUGAAUUAUUUUUCCACGAGUCGUUUGCAGGGUCGAGACUCUGGAGACGGGGAGAAAAGAGCAAGGGGGAGAAAAAGAGAAAGAGAGAUUCGUACGGUCGAGGGAGUCCGUAUGCCACACACAUCCCCCCGGCUCGGAUAUAUAGGCGACGACAAUGCGACGAUAGCGACGGAGAGGGAUACAAGAAUGCUGUGGAAGAAGAGACGACGGCGGUGGCGACGGUAUAAAGAAACGAGAAAUACUCUGACCCGUAUUCCUGCUUCUAUCUUCGCCGCCACAUUUAGCGCACUAAGCGUGGCCAUCGGAGUGUGUGGGCUUUAGGACCGAUCCCUGGGACGUCCGUUAACCCCAAGUUGAAGGUGUGUUACCUAAGUCUGGAGAUACAAAAGAAUGGGGAUGUUUUCAAUUACGCUGAAUGAUGAUGAAUAAAAUAUCUAUCUCUCUAUUGCUUCUUCUAUAUGAACUCAUCACGCAAGAUGUUAUAUCUUUCGCGACUUGUUCCAAUAAUUCGCUAGUCUCUUCUAUUCGUUUCUUUCUAAACGUCGAAUGGCGAGGAAGAUGGGAGGAGACAAUUGAACUAUCGUUAAAAUUAAUCGAUGUCCCAAGGAAACGUCGCUUAUUUGUACGGUACGAGAAUCGGGCAGGCACGCGUUUAGCGUCGAGUAUGCGACCGGAAUACGGGAUCUUAGGAGACCACGAAUCUCGCUCGCCACGCGGACGGAAUUCUACGAUGGAAUUCUACGAUUCCGUAGCCGAUAUCGCGGUCGGGCCGACGGUAGCACCGGGCGCCAGAACCGUCGCCCCCUCCUCCACCCCGUAAUCUGGCAGUGCAUUUAACCACUUUGCGAAAUAGCCGUAUAUCUCCCCGCUGUGACGUAGCAUUCGAUAUGUCGAGAGUGCGGGAUUCGGCGGUGAGAUCGGCAGAACGGGGUGGCGGAGACCGGGGGAGAAAGUUCUCGAGGAUAAAGAGACGCGAAGCGCCGAGGCUCUCGUGACGGGGACGAGGGAAUCCGGGGGAAAGAGAGAGCGAGUAUAGCGACGACUACGAUAUGCGCGCGCCCCCCCGUCAUACCCGUUUAGGGAUAGAAGGUGUCCCCCGCCCCGCGACCAGGGUGGGGUUGCCCGACCGUUGGUAGGGGGUGGAAAUGCUCCCGAUUCGACUCGGCGUGUAGGGCGCACGAGCCGACCACCGCUGCCGGGGGUUGGAAGUGGGGAUUUGUUACAGGGAGAGUAUCCGUAGGUGGCAUGGGGGAGAGAGAAAUGAGACAGAAAGAGAAAGAGAGAGAAUGGGAGAGAGAAAAUGAGGGAGAGAGAGAAAGAGAGAGAGAAAGGGUGGACGUCGGGACGCUGGAGAACGUACGCGCGCGAUUGCAGGGGUAGUGUAGACUCGAAUCACGAUGAUGUGUACGUGUAUGUGUCUGGUAUACGGGGUGACGUAGAAAAUUCAGAUUGCAAUGGUAUUUUCUCUAACGACUUUCCACUUGGUUAUCGAUGAAAAUUUCAUUACUUUUCUUCAUGGUUUAUCAAACGUCAUAGUAUCACGACGUUGUAAAAAAAAUUCUAAUCUCUGAAACUCCCUAAGGCUUUUAACGUUAAACAAUUUGGACUUUAUCUCUUCGAACAAAGAAUUUAUUUUGAUACUUUCAUUACUGUUCUUCGAGUUCUUUCGACCACCCUGUAGCUAGAACGGAAGAAGGGUGCGCCCUACUUCGCGUUGGCGUUUUCCCUCCCGAGCGGCCCAGCGUGUGCAAGGGGGCGAGAGGGCGUCAAAGGGUGCGAGGGUAGGAACGCGGGGAUGUUAGCGGGGUACGGACGGACGGACGGACGGAGCGAGACGGAGAGAGGACGACGCGAGAUGAAGAUACGAGGAGAGGAAAGCCGCGCGAGAGGGUGUCUCUCUGUUUCGCUGCCGGGAGUUUCGCAGUCUCGCAUUUCAACAACGACGACGCCGAACGUCGCUGGCGUCGCCGUCGCCGUUUUUUCCCUCGAGCAAGGAAACGCGCGCGCGCGCGUGAACGAUAGAUAGAAGCGUAAAGAGAGAGAGAGAGAGAGAGGGAGGGAGAGAGACGUUGACAGAUACACAGAGUGGAUGAAAGAGAGAAAGAGAGAGAAAGAGAGAACAAGGGGUAUACUAUCGGGGAGACGCUCGAGAACCCUCGUACGUUGGCCCCCGCAACGAGAGCAGCGUUACGCUCGGCUAGCACGACGGGGCACCUCGUGAGAAUUCGGGUAUCAGGGGUGCUUCCGUAGUAGCGGCGGUGGUCGGUGAUGUGAGUGGUGGCGGUGGUGGCCUGGUGGUAGCGGUGGUGGUGCCGUCGCUGGUGGUAGUGGUGCGGUUACAGUCGAUACGGCGUGGCGGAGGCGACGAGGAGCUGCUCGUCGGGGACGACGCGAGUGAUGCACGUUGAUGGCCGCAGAUUUACGUAAGAACGACGACGACGACGACGACAACGUCGAGGAACUGUCCGCCUGCUCGUCUGCCUAGUGAUGACGUCGUAUGUGCUGGUCGCGUGUGCGCACGUGUGACGCCACCAAAUGGAUACUCGACGAAGUGGCUGAUCGAAAAUCCGAGGGGACGUCCUCGGUGGUUUGGGCUCGUCGGACGGAGCGCGCGCUGCUCCAAGAGGAGCGUGGACGAAGGAACGUAGCGGAUACGCGAACACCGUGUAGCGCGUCGAAGAGUGCUGAGAAAAGACUCGCGAAUGGAUGAGACGGGUCCGUUCAUUUUCGAUUCUCCUCGUAGUUCGCCACGGUGCGCAACGAGGACUCCGCGCGAAGAGCGGGCGGCUCCGUAUAAAUUUCGAGGUGUGUGAAAGAAGCAGCGGCCGAUAAAAGGAGAAUCGCAAGUAGGAGAAGGCGAGGGAGGACGGCGGAAGGUAGAAAGGAAGAAAGAGGUACGAGUGCGAAAAGACGAAAAGGAGAAGGAUGGGCGUAAGAUCGGUCCCGAGAGGCUUCCCCGCGCGGAAGACGCUUCUCGGUCGUCGUUGUUGAGACGACGUGCGCGAAUCCCGAGUGUCGUCGGGAAAGCGAGGCACAGAGGGAAAAAGAGGAGGAAGAGUCGAGUCGAGCCGAGUCGAGCGGGACGCCGAAAGUUCGCUACGACGACGACGGCGACAAUAACGAUCCAUCAUGGGGGUCUCGGUGUUCCUGCUGUACGCGGUGACGGUGCUCGGCGUGGCAGCCAGCGACAAUUGCGCCGACAAGUGUUCAUGCAAGUGGAAAAGCGGGAAGCGCACGGUGGAGUGCGUGAAUCGUGACCUGACCAGCAUACCGGAGUGGAUCGAUCAGGAGACCCAGGUGCUGGAUAUGAGCGGCAACAACAUCGGACACCUGCCGAACAACAUAUUUAUACACGUGCGGCUGACGAAUCUGCAGCGUCUCUAUCUGCGUGAGUGCCGUAUCGAUCGGAUCGAUGGCAAGGCACUGGCCGGCCUGACGAAUCUCGUCGAGCUCGAUCUCAGCAACAAUCUGCUGGCCGCGGUGCCGAGCUCGAGCUUCGGCGACACGCCAUUCCUGCGCGAUCUGGUGCUCGCGUACAACCCGAUCAAGCGGAUCCGCUCGCACACGUUCAAGAACACCCUGAAUCUGGUGAAGCUCGAUCUGUCGCACACGCAGCUCGGCGAGAUCGAGGCCAAAGGCUUUCGGGGACUGGAAAUGCUCGAGAGUCUCAAGCUGAGCAACAAUGGACUGUCCACUCUGCAUUCGGGCACCUUCGAUCCACUCAGCAAACUCACCAGCAUCGAGCUGCACGAUAAUCCGUGGAUUUGCGAUUGUCAUCUACGCGAGAUGAAGAUGUGGCUGGUGAAGCAUAAUCUGCCGACCAUCGUGGCGCCCGUGUGUCACGGGCCCCAGCAGUUGCUCAAUCGUGCCUUCACCGACCUUGAUAUCGAUGACUUUGCCUGCCGGCCGGUCUUGCUGAUAGCCAGCCGUUACGCCGAGGCCACCAUCGGCGAGAACGCCAGUAUCGUGUGUCGCGUGAGCGCGAUACCACCCGCAAAGGUCAAGUGGUAUUGGAACGGUCGGCAGCUGACCAAUCACUCGGCCUUUAGCAGCCACCAAAAGAUCCUCAUCUUCGAGGAGGGCCAAUUCAGGAAGCGGAGCACGCUCAUCCUCACUAACGCACAGGAGGCGGAUUCCAGCGAGUUCUAUUGCGUCGCCGAGAAUCCCGCUGGCAGCGUCGAGGCAAACUUCACCCUGCACGUGUCCCUGAGGACGGCGGGCAUGUCGACCUUAGGCUCGGGCCAGAUCGCGGGCAUAUCCGCCGCGUUGGUCGUGCUCAUACUCUUCAUCCUGCUCAUCAUUCUCGUGCUGUUUGUUCGUCUGCGUAGAAUGCCGCUGAAGGACGUAAAAUCGUCGGCGCCGAUGGAAGCGGCGUCCAGCGAUGGUAUCGGCAACGGUGGUGGCGGCGGUGGCGGCGGCGGUGGCGGAGGUAGUGGUGGCGGCAACGGUGGCGGAGGCGGCGGUGGCGACAACAACCCGCCGUCCGCGACCUCGACCACUCGCAGGAAACACGAGGAGAUCGAGACGACGUCGUUCGCGCUGGAGUCGAAACCACCCGCGUCGUUGCAUCUGAGCUACGUGCAGAGACCGCACGCGGCCGUGGUGCAGGAGAGCGAGUACAGCACGAUCAGCCGUUUCGACGAUCAGAAUCAGCCCGUGGUGGCGGCGAUACCGGGCGCCGGGUGUUUCUCGUCGACGACGUCCUUGAUGCCGAUCGAUAAUCCGGAUCUCAUUAGGGACACUCGGCGCGGCUCCACCGAGGACAUCACGCCUUACGGCGUCGCCGAUUACGGCCGCGUCCAAGCGUUGGACGACGCCGGCAAGAUGCUCUACACCAGCUGCCUGUGGGAGGCGAGGGACAGCUGCGGCAGGACGUCCGCCGCCGUCUCGACGAACGCGUACCCGUCGAAGGAGCAGCUCGCGGUGGUCGCACCGGUCGUCGAGCAGUUUCCACCAGGCGCGAAGCAAAUGAGAGUCUGGCAGAAGGGCGUCCCGGUGCUGCCGCCGGUUUCGGCGCUGAAACGCGUCCUGGGUUCCACGCGCAGCUCGCCCGACGAGGGUUAUCAGGAGGGCACCGGCACCGACGUCUAGGUACCGCUACUUCAUUACUGCGACGCCCGGCACCGUUAUUUGGAGCUACGUAGACGGCACCAGGAGGACGACACCGACUGCUAAGAGAGGAAUGAAGGAGAGACAAAACAAAAGAGUUGUCCUCGCGAGUGCCGGACGGGCGGUAGUGAACAGGAGUAAAAAUGUGUCGGACGAAUCUCGCGUAUAAGUGUGAUCGCGUCAGUGCGAUGAUGACGCGCCAUUAUUGUUGUGCUCUGACUACUACACUCUUCGCUACUGGAUGAAAACGUUAUGCUCGCGAUCGCGUUUGCUACGGUACAGUGAUCGAAGAUACGGCAUUGUACAGUUUCGCAUCCAACUAGGUACCAUUCAAGUGUCAGCGAGUGCGAUAGCACCCUGCAUUCGCAAAGGUAUGGUACAAUUGCACGGAACCAUAGACAAGGCGCGAGCAGCCCACCCCCCAAGACUGCCAUAACUUAAAGUACGCGAAUCGAAUCGCUAGGCGUAUGCAGGUAGUUUUCAAGAGGUCGAUGAACGCGCGGAUCGUUACUGCGAGAGACUGACAUCGUGGCCACCGAGGAUCGUUGAUAUCGCGCUCGACGCGAAUCAACUGAUUCACACAUGGUUGACUGGUGGUAAGGGUCAUCGCGAUUGACACGAUCUGCUCGAGUUAGCAAGGCGACAUGGCAAAAAACGACGAUUAGGCUCUUUCAAGGAACCACCAGUGCCCGUAUUCGUCGCGAACGAGCGUUUGUAGUGGUGCAACUCGUCGAGGCGGCAAUUUAAUGACACAGUUAGAGAUGUCUUGUGCGUGAUGCCUGUGGUGCAACCAGCCAGUUGGCAGACGUUCGGUUUCGUUUGUACGUGUCACGAGGAUUGCCUCCAGUGUUCGAUAUCGGCAAUGUUAACUUGUACAGGAUAUCCCGAAAAAAAAAAAGGUCAACGUUCGAAAGAUGACUAUGUCCGUCGUUGCUCGUAUCUCUGACUAAUUUGGAAGAGCUACUCUCUUCUUUGCGAAAGUUUUGUAUUUAAGAGUACGUAAAUGUCACAACUGAUAAUAAGACUUUACGAAUUAGAGUUUUUAAACGUGUGCCGAAAUUAUCUUUAAGCAUCCUCAAGUUCACAAAAUCUCGUGAGAGAAUCGCAAUUGCAAACUCGAUGAGAACCCAAAUUUAAAUACACGUUCAUUAAGAUUAUCUUAUACUCGCAACGAUUGACACUAUUAUCUUUCAAAAUAUUGGCCUUUCCUCUGGAAACAUUCUGUGUAACGCAGCAAUGAAAGAUCGGUCGAUCGCAUCAACCGCAAGGUGACGUCUCGCGCACACGGAGUGCAUACAGAAAGUGCAUACACACAACGUGCACCGAUCGUCAGGGACGAGGAAGUGACGACGAUACGCUACACCGGCCACGUCAUUGUCUGGGCGGUCGUGCAGCACAAUAUCGACGGGUAAUACAUUUGUAUAACGGCUAAGCCAAAGGCGGUUUGGGUCAGUCGGGAGGCUGAAAUCUCCCGGGUUAAAAAUGCGUUAGUCGCUCCCCUUAGGACGAUAAACGGCGAGCACGAAUACUGACAGUGCACGUUUUCGAUGACGCGGGGAUGACGCGUAGAGUUGCAUAGGAAGAGAGAAACGACGCUUAAGCUACGGAGUAUCUAUCUCUCGCGGAUUUUUUCUAGUCAAUUCGAUGAAAGAAAGGAAGAAAAAGAGAGAAGGGGGGGGGGAAGAAAAAAAACAAAAAGAAAUGAGAAUAGAUUCACGACGGAAUUAUUUAUUCGGUGGGAUGGGGAAACUCGCGCUGGCGGCAAAAUGGCGCGUUCUCAAUUAGGAGAAUACGCGAGGGUAGUCUCGUUGAGUCAACAUCGGGAUAUUCCCUCGAAGCUUCAGUCGACAAACUCUCACGAUUACGGACCGACGAGCCUAUAUUGUUGCUUCGAGUGGCCGGUCCGAGUGGCUCUCGUAUCCGAGACGAAGCCUCGCGAGAACGAUCGAGCAAGGGAUAUGGCGGCCGGAUGCUACUCUGGAUCCAUAUCCACGACCGCACGGUUCCCCGAUUCGAUCGCAAUCGCGGCCUCUUGGCGCGGAUAUUAUCAAUUUUUCUCGAGUAUCCUAUAUUAAAUUCGCCACGCUUUUAACUGAUACAAAUUUAUUUCUCAAUUACGAUUUCAUUCCGAACGCGGCCUGAUUGAAUUCCUUAUUUUAUUUAAUAUUAAAUUUAGCGGUAAUUGCCAAUAUAUCGUAGCAACAAUUUUGCCGUUUAUUUUAAUAUUUAUAUCGGUGCGCGUUGAAGAUAAUGUGUACCAUAUUAAAUUCAUACAACAACAAUGGUUGCACAAAUAUAUAACGGUUUCAAUCAAUAAUAUAUUGAUGACGUCUGAUAUUAAAGCUUAAGGCUUCUUCAACAUUAAUUGAGUGCCAUUUGCGAGCACGUGAGCUGUGAGUCCAGAGUACAUGCGAGUCUCGAACGCUUUCUUCUUCUUGCACAACGGGAGCCACUGGAAUCGAUUACAUAAGACUGCGUGACAAGGCCCCCCUAAGUCAAUCGCGAGCGAAUGUAUACUAUUGCUCAAUCAUUAAAGCAGGAUUUCGCGAUUGAUUAGUUGGCUUAUGCCAGACGUUGGUGUCUUACGUAAGUGAGACUCUGUCGACCCAUUGCAUUCCACCGAGUACUGUCAAGUCGGAUUACUAUGCUUUUACAGGGGUAAUUUUCCAUCAUAGGUCGAAUGAUCGUUUCACAGAAAAACUAUUGAAUGUGUAUGUAUGUAUGUGCGCAUGUGUUCGACAAAAUUAUCAGUAAGCAAUGUGCCUCCGAUUAUAAGCUUACAAUCGUAAAAUACGUUGUAAAAUCUUCGCAGCAAUAGAAAAACUCUUGAUCGCGUAUUAUCAUAUUUUUCAAUUCAUAAACAGAUUUUUAUUGGCUAUUCUUUUUUUAUGGGAUUCUUACUUUAGGGUUUUUAUAGGGUUUUUUUUUGUUUAUUACGUGUUAUUUUUUUUCAUACCACGCGUCAUAUUUUCAAAUUUAGUACGCUGUCUUUUUUUUCUGGGAAAGAAUAAAAAAAAUAAUUACUUUCCUUAGAAUUUAUCUGCAACAAAAAAAGCUCACGUUUUUGCGGCAACCGACGAUUUAAUCAAACGUUACGAGCCAUUUCCUCAGGCACCAAUUUGUCCCGGAGAUAUUUUUUUUACCCCUGCAAGAAGGCAAACUAAUCCGAUCUGACCGAUAAGUCAAAACGCCAGUCGCGAGUUUUCGUUCGAUCGUCAUCUAAAGUGUGUCGACGUGCGUUCAUUUUGUAUGCCGUAUAUAAGCGUGUACCCGUGUGCGUGCGUGUAUGUGGAUGAGUGUGGAUGUGCAUGUGUACCCGUGUUUUGCGCGUACGCGUUUGUCAAAAGAGCACGCGGCCGACAUAACGCGAGCACGCGCGCGCGAUUCGCCGCUUUGCGUUUAUCACCGAUUAUUUUAUAACGCAUCGCGCGGAACGACUGGUUUUUCUCUGCUCAAUGAUCUCGAAGCCGUAUCCGUCAUAUCGAAAAAAAAAGAAUAAAAAUAAAAAUAAAAUACACAACGUUCCGGAAAUAGCGUUCGCGACCGCUCCGGACGAUAUGUCGCGUGCAUACACAGGACUGAUCUCACUCGGACUUUUGCAUUAGUUCUAUCUAGAGAAAAGGGAACGAAUAGACGACAUACGCGUGACGUGCAAGCAAAUAACGUUGACCGCGCGAGCCCCAGUACGAUUGUACUGAAUAUUUUAAGGGCAAGUUGCAGGGAUUACGGAACUUCUUUAUCCGCGGACAAUUUCUAUUUUCCGUUGCCUGUAAUUAAAAGUCGUGGUAAUUAACCGGCGACGUGGAAAAAGUUCAUAGGGCAUGUAAAGUGUGUGACAACAGUUACGUCGCUUUGAAACGACCUGGCCGCCGUUCGGUUACAAUUCUUCUCACACGGAUGUGAGCUGAUGUGGUACGUACGUGUGAAAGGAAAAAACUCUCCGCGUCUACGCUGGCGAUCCAUUUUUAGAAUUUCGACAUAACUAUCGGAGUACCGUCUCUAUCUCUUCAUUUAUUUGUUUGUCCACGAUUUUAAUUGCUAUCUUAUCCGAGUAAACGAAUUACGAAUAAUCGGUUUUUCCCUCCCUCCCUUUUUAUUUUUCCCUCGGAAAUUUUCGUUCCGUAACAAUUUCGAUUUGAGGAAUGCGCCGGUUACCCAAUCCUACCUAUAUGAUUCGUAGCGAUCCGCUCGUUAAUCUACGCGAACCGAAUUCGUCCUCGAAAAAAAUUUCGUUUGAAACUUCUACGUGCAGUUUCGCUUAUAUGUAUAUACGUGAUGCUCGAAAAAAAUCGUACGAUAUACAAGUCCGCGAAUUUUUCCGCUUCGCGAACGUCGCGUCGUUGCGCAUUUAUAUCCUCGAACUCGGAGUCGUCCUCAAUCGCGUGGCACUUGCAGUUCAUAAAAUUACGAAAGGCGGACUAACGAAAAUGUCACCAUUCUCCUUUCCAUCGAUUCUUAUCUACGUGUUUAAAAUGUUUAAAAUGUGCUCUCGAGCGUUCUCGCGUAUAUACCGGCAUGUCGAUCGCUCAAAGUAGCCGAGAGUCAACUGUUGCGUGCAAAGUGAGCCUUUAUAUCUGAUUUCUACGAGUUUUUUUUAUAUAUACCUCUCGAUCGACGUGGCACACAACGCCGAGCGCCGCAACCGCCACAUGUCGGUUCAACAUACGCAGCGAUAGCACACUCGCUGUCUAUAGCGGCGCACUGUAGGGCACGUGAGGUCUAGAACCUGUGCAAAACUCAGCACGCGCUAAACACAUCGAUCGGAGAAACGCGAUUAAUUGCGAUUUACUGUCAAAAUCAAAGUGCGAAUUUUCGGGGUGUGGUCGAUCGCGCGAUGACGUCACAAUGUUAUUUGACCAAAGUUACACAAGGCUGUUUAACAAAAAUUUUGCUAACAACACCUGGACAGAGCAAUUUAACGAGUCAGCUCGCCAGGAAAUUACACAAACGCAAUACUGCCACGUGGAAGUACAAGUACAUACUAAUCGUUUAUAAAACUGGAGCACGAUACAGAUUACGUUGUAAAGAAUUAAUAUAUAUAAUGAAAUAGGCGCGCGUCAUAAGUCCGUGUACGCUAUCGUGCAGGAAAUGACAAAUGUUCCGAACUCUAGCAUUCGAUUCGAGAUUUUAUUCUGCGAGAAUCACUUUCGUUAGUAGUCAGUCCCCGGUGAUCGCGGAACCAAGAGUGAUCCUCAUUGGUUGCUCCCUUCGCAAAGUUUUGCGCUCUGAGAAUGACUCAAUAAUAAAACUUAGCAAGUACACUCGGAAUAAUGCUGUUUCACCUCACCACUGACUUUGGUUUUCACUUUCUUGAAUUAUUGAUCAGAGUCAGUGCAGAAAGAGAGAGAGAGAGAGAGAAAGAGAAAGAGACGCUCCUUAUUCUCCCGCCUUUGCAAAAUAAAUAAUUGCGCAAUUAAUUAUUGAUACGUGACGUGCGAUAUUGCGCGAAACGAAACUUUCGUCGUAUACACGAAAUGCCUGUUCUACACAGGCAUCACGAUUUUAUUUGUUAAUGAGAAUAACUUACCGAAUAAUUUAUUCAAAUUGUGUUGAGCAUUUUCACGUGCUAUUUUGCACACGAUAUCGGACGUUAAAGUUUUAUUAUGACAUUUUCUAUAAUUUACCAUCGAUUAACUUAAUACUGUGACAUACACAACAACGGCUUAGAAUAAAUUAAAAUACAUUUAACGCUAAUGAAAUAUGAAUAAACAUUAGUUAUAUAAAGCUAGUUUAACUUUUAAUAUGUAAUUAUGCUUUUAAUCCAAGCUUUGACAACGUAAAACUCAAUCAAAAUUAAUUUGUGAUCAAAAGUUUCGUAUUCAUCCAUCGAUAUCAUUCGAUUUAUAAAGGAAAGGCGUGUUUUAAAUUUAAAACACGUGACACUUUUCCUUCUCUUUUACAACCACUUGGAUGACGCAGACGUCCCAAUUCUUGUAAUUGUAUUAAUAACGUGGUUACGUGUUUGCAUAUUUUUACGGGAAACUAUAUUUAAAACACUGCCGAGAAAAGAAGGAGGAGGUCUCUACGCGAGACGAGCGUAAACAACCCUGUGCACAUAUUUUCGCAUUUCUUAAGGUAAUUUCGCUCGCUGGGAGAAGCCCGUCCUUCGCUCCCAGCGUGAAAAUAUGCUUUCGCGACCGCGACGUUCGACGCUGGGUCUUCAUAAAAUUUACACACACCUCGAAUCUUCGUACUUUCGGAACAGUAUAGACGUAUUAACAUAAUGUUACGCAGCGGCGGAUUUAGAAUAUUUUGGGCGCAAAACGAGGCAUUCCGAGCCCUUGAGAAGAAAAAAAGAAUAUAAAUCAGAUGAAUUUUAUAGCUAUAUAUGUGUACCUUAUAUCAUAAAUAUUUUUAACUAGAGUUUAUAAAAUUGUUAUAAUGUUUUAAUGUUUCUUAUUGAUGUGGCCGGGACUGGCCGUAUAGCUUUAUUGUCUAGGCCAAAGUUCGCAUCAGUUGUUACGAGUCAUUAUUAUUGGAAUAUAUACAGCAUUCAAUGGUAUUUCCCGUUGUUGUACCGUGACGUAACAAAUGAGUACCAUCUGUCUUAACAAUUGGCAGCAAUAAAUCGUAGUAACUACCAAUCGACCGAGAAGUAUUUUAAAUUAAAGCGCUAACAGGACAAGUGCAUGUGUGAGAGUGAAAGAGAGAGAAAGAGAGAGAGAGAGAGAGAGCGAGAGAAAAGGAGUAGAGUCUUGAAAGACAAAAUGUUAAUUUUACUGGAUUUCGUCAAGUUUUGUACAUAGACAAUAAUGUACGACGACUUUCGUGGUGAUGACGAGCAAAGUAAUGCAAGAAAACCGAUUGUGAAUUGUCUACGGCACCCGAUAAUAAUGACAUGAGGCAGAGAUGGACACGGCAAAUAAAAGGGAUGAUAUUUAUCUCGCAGUGACUUGGCACAUACAACCAGGUGUGAGUGAUAAGUGUUUUCUACAACCUCGAAGUACGCGCGGUAAAUUAAUUAUCGUUACACUAUAAUAGCGCGCCACGUUGUUAAUUUUGUACCCGGUUGAAGUAGCGAGAUUAACUUCUAAUCCGACGUUCUCUCUUUUUACUUAAUCAGAGAAAAUCUAGACAGACGGAAAUUAAAAGCAAAAAAAAGGGAGGGGGUGGUAUUGAAUUUUAAAAAUAAGAACGCAUAUCUUAGUCUUUUUUAAGAACGUUAUAAGGACAACUUGCGCUCUUAAAAUCGCAAUCGUCUUAACAUACUUCAAAUCAAUUUUAAACACACACACACACACACACAGACACAUAUACAUACACGUGACUGCCAGAUGUGUAACCACGGGUCAAGAGUUUAUUUCGUUCGUGAUUGACGUUAUUCUCUCCAAUUUGUUAAAAAAGAGAAUUAUACAGAUAUCUGGAAAUAUAUCUAAUGUAAUCUAUUUAUAAAUAACCAGUUGUUACAUAAAUAACGUUCACGAAGGUACGAUGUAUUUUUGGAUGGAAGUAACUGAAUGAAUUUCUGAUACAAGUACUCAGGUAUGAAUAGGGUUGCCAGAGAUUUUUAUGUACGCGGUGCUGCGCUCUAGGUUUCAAUAACGUUCUAUCGCAAAUUUUCGAAAUCUAAUUUGAUUUCUGAAAUCUUACGGUUACGUUUCAAAACGUUUGCGACAAGAAUGCAAAAAAAAAAAAUUGAACUAGAAACGUAAUGAAAGUAGAACAGAGAGAAAGAGAGAGAGCAACGCCCUUAUUUAUAGAAUACGAGAUUUGUCUUCACGUAAACUAUGUAGUUCCUGGUAUUUCGAGGGGGAGAAAUCUGGCAAUCCUGAGCACGAGGAAGGGCUCAGAGAUACGCAUCGGCGUAACGCGUCGACCUCGGCCUUAAAAGCUGCACUUUGUACAAUUAGACCGAGCGUAACAAACCGCGUUGCCGCGUUGACUCGUAACCGGCUAUGUGCUCCGUGUUAACGCUAGUAAUAACAUUAAUGAGUAACUCUUUAACGUCCGCCUCCAACGGACGGCUCGAACACGCGAAUCCUGCGAAAAAUCCUCGCUACAGGUUGUUGGCUCCGUUAAUAACCCGUGCGGUAACACAUCCGUUAUACAUAUGCGUCAUCCUUAUUACUGGGAAUAGACAUUAUUCGUACAUAUGCGAUACCCAAGUUCUUUUUUCUAUAGCCCCUCUCGAUCAAUUUUACAUUUUUUAUCGUAGUUUUAAAGCGCUGAGCGCAUAUCUACGCUUCUAUUGCGGACAAUAAAAAUUUCAGUUUUAAAGAUAAUAGGACGUCGUCGGCGUCUACAAGCUAUUGUUUGAAACAAUAGUAUCGCGUACAUAUGCGCUCCGUCCGAAGAGACAUCACAUAUACUUGUACGUACACUACGUACCGUUCGCGACACAUCAGAUGUAACCUGAAAACCGGAUGAAAGGAGGAAACGUAAAUCUCUCGAAAAUCGCGGGAAAAUGAUGGAGUUGCCAACGAGAUUGUUUUACAGAGUCUUUAGAUUUGACGAAAUGUAAAAAUCUCUCUCUUUCUUCGAGCUUGGAAAUUUUCAUACAUUCCCCACAUAUCCCCCACAUGUUCACACGUUCACAUAUCAAUGCGUUCAUAUAUCAACAUGUUUACACACUCACACAUAUCGUUACAUAUCCUUACGCGUAAGUAGUUUUUCAAGACGUCACAGCUCGAAGGAAACUCAGUUACCGAAUUAAUAUUAAAUUCUUGUCGUCAGGGCGGAAGCGAUCGGGCGUCGUUGGCAACCUCGAAAAGUGAGCAGAGAACGUUUAUUAUAAUAAUACACCCUGCGUGCGCGCGUGUUGUACAUGUGUUCGUGUGCGUUGUAUAUGCGUAUGUAAGGUAUGCGUGUGCAUUUGCCUGUAGACCGAGUGCUCGCGUGUAAGUUAUAAAGGAAUCGGACCUAGUUUACGACCCUUAAGACGUGCCCGCCAAAGGGGGCAACCACUUUUAAGGAUGUUAACGAUGUACAAAUGUGUAAUUUAGUGUCGCAGAAAGAAUCCGUCUAAUGGCGCGGUGUAUGACGACGAAUAUAUAAGAAAAAUAAACGAGAAAAGGUAUAUAAAAAUAUUUCUUUUAUUUUACGAGUAUAACGAGAGGAGGAGGAGGAGGAGGAGGAGGAGGAGGAGAAGGAGGAGGAGGAGGAGGAGAGGAGAGGAGAAAGGGCGCGCGUACGAUUGCGACCGUUUUAGAGGGCAUAGGCGUAUCUAUAUUUCCAAGAUUACGCACUUUUUUGAAGGUAUACAUAAUAGAAGCAGAAUAUACCGUUCAAGACGGGAAUUGUUGGCGAACGAAAGGGAGUCGAGAGAAAGAGCGCGUGUGUGCGAUACGCUGUCAUAAACCCACAUGUACGGUAAAAUCAUGUGCUAUAACGACAGUUGUCGAAAUAAAAUUUUUUUCGAUCGAA